UCGAAAAAGAUUGCCGUGAGGCAGUUCAAACAUAUUGUAGUGAAAACAUAUUGUUGUCGUGAUUUCUGGCAAACAAUAUGCACUAUAACGAACAAUCCUUAAAUGGUCGAAGAAAUUAAAAUUGCUUAAAUAUUUAAAUGCCAUUUAAUGCGGGAUACAGUUGACUAAUUUCAGCCAAUGAAGCUAAUAAUCAAACUGAAACUUCGUCAAAACAAAACAAUAAUAUCGAUUCAGCUUUUUUAAGCGAUAUGGCGCAAGGCUACGAGGAUUGUAGAUUCAGAGGUAUUGUUGAUGACAACCUUCGUUGUUUAAUCUGCAAGGGUGUUCUACGAGAUCAUGUACGAUGUGAAAACAAUGAACACUAUUUUUGUCGACAUUGCAUUACAGCUUCACUUGAGAAAUCACAACAAUGUCCUGAAUGUGAAGACAGUCCUACAGUUGAAACACUUGUCAACGUCCAGUCUGGUAUUGCCGAAAGAUUAUCAGAGUUGGAAAUCUCUUGUCGAUACAAACAACACGGUUGUGAGAAGGUGGUGAAACUAGGCUCCGUUGAAGCACACGAGAUUAGUUGUGGUUUCAGCAAAGCGGCGUGUUCGCAGGACGAAUGUGAUACCGAUUUAAACCCUUCAGAAAGACUGGAUCAGGAAGCCAGUGUUGUAAGUGACUCUUGUGAGACUAAAGGAUCUAAAACAUUCCCUUCACGAGAUCCACUUCAUGAGCUAAAAACUGACUUGAAUGAAUUUCGCUCUUUUGUUAAAAAUGAAAUAGUAAAUGAAUUACGAAAACUGACCACAACAGUUGCUAGAAUCGAGGAAAACUACAUACAUUCAAGUGGGAGGUGUCAGGAUAAAGCAGCGGAAAUUGUUUUGGCCGGCGGAGAGGGAAUCAAAUCGACGAUAGUCUUGAACGUGGUCAGCGGAAAAUGGCGAUGCUUGGCUGCAACGUAUGAAUGUGAAGGCGCGAGUUCAGUCGUGGAUGGGAAUCAGAUGCUUGUUACAGGGGGGAGCGUCGGGGAAUUGACCGACAUCAUUAAGCAGCUCGACCUUUCCCAGCACAAUGCUCAGUGGAUUGAAUCACAGUUUCGAUUACCGUUCGCCUGUCGAGGUCACACAACUGUCCUCUUUCGAAACAGUUUCUACGUCAUGGGUGGGCUCACGGAGUCCCAAGAUUUAGCCCUUGAUACUGUUCACGUGAUUCCAUUGACCCCUUCCUAUAAACCAGAGUUGGUGUGUAAAUUACCGGAACCCAAAUGUUUUCAUGGCGCGACGGUGCUGAACGACAAGAUCUACAUCAUCGGUGGUUGUAAGCAGUACACGGACACAGCCUCAGACGCUGUUACAGAAUAUGAUCCUGUGAAAAAAUGCACGAAACAGCUCAAGUCGCUCCCAUAUCCCGUCACCGGUAUGGCGACGGCGAAUUGGCAGAACAAAAUCCUAGCGGUUGGUGGCAUCAACCGAAAAGGUAAGUACCUGGAUUCUGUCAUCAUGUACGACAUCAGCACGCAACGUCAUCAUAUCUUACCCCGGAUGGGAAAAAAGAGAGCAUAUUGUACAGCGGUCGUUGUCGGCAACAAGUUGAUAGUGAUGGGAGGUGCUGAUGAACGAAGUUCAAGGAUAAGUUCGGUGGAAUGUUACGACUUUCAAACUUACACGUGGAACGAUAUGGCGCCAAUGGACGAGCCUCGCGCCUAUGCAACCGCUGUUGUGAAUUAUUCUUAAGUGCAGUCGAACCUCCAAUAAGACUAUGUGCACCAACCUCGUACCCAGGGUUUCUCCAACGUAUUGAACAUAUUUUCCCUUGGAUCGUGUGGACAAGACGUCAAAGCUAUAAACUAAAUAAAAACGCUGGAAAACGACGCUCGUUUGCACAUCGCCCAAGUGGUCAACCUCCAUCUGUAGGGACAUCGUCAAGAAACUCGAAGUGAUGAUACCGAUAGACGACUGCAAUAUUGUUGUGCAAGGAAUUCAUUGCCUCUAGCCGAGUUCAUGUCUGUAUUGACUUAGACGGUUAGAACUGCCAAAAUUCUUACAAUUAUUCACUACAAAUUAACUCUUACUAAAAAUAGUAUUUAUGGGGGUUUUAGUUAUGCCAAUGUGUUCAGCACAAAGUCUUGCUUUCAAAGAGAAUAUUAUUGUAUUACAGUGAGGCUUGGUGUUAAAUACAAUAGCUUACGUAUUCGUGCUAUAUUAUAUUACAUUUGUCAGCUAGCAUGUUUCACUUGGUGCAAAUCAUUCAAAAGAAAAGCACAAUGGUUAA